AUGGUUGAAGUUUAUCUUGAUGGAGAAGAAGAAGAAGAGGAAGAAGAAGAAGAAGAAGAGGACGAAGAAGUGGAAGAAGAAGGAGAGGAAGAAGAACAAGAGGAGGAGCAAGGAGAAGAAGAGAAAGAAGAAAAGGAAGAGGAAGAGUAUGAAGAAGAAGAGGAAGAAGAAGAAGAAGAAAGAGAAGAAGAGGAAGAAGAAAAGGAAGAAGAAGAAGAAGGAUGA